UGUUAAUUUUUCGGACAAGAUGGGUGCUUUACACGUACACUGUUUAAUUCUCUCUUUGUGCAUAUAUGGAACAUUUGGCCAUUUAUCUUUACUUGAAAACAAAACUUCUGACAACAAUGGUUUGUUGUCAAGUACUGCAUCAGGAAAAGUGUCCAACGUCUUACGGGACAUUUUGAAUCAAGAAAGUUUGGUCCGCUUUUCAAUGGUACAAAAAAUACAGAAUUUAGUAAUGGAUGCCAUAGACAACAAAAACGAUAGGCAAAUUAUAAUGACGAAGCUAAGUGAAGUGACGAAAGACUUACGGGCCUUGGAGACCAGAAACCAAAUAGUGGAUGAAGAAAACGUCAAAUCUAAAGAGGAAUUGAAGGUCAUUCACAACACGGUGAAUGACAAUAAAAACGAAACAAAAGAAGAAAUUCAGGACUUGAAGACUAGAAACCAGAAAAUGGAGGAAGAAAACGCCAAACUUAAAGAGGAAUUGAGGGUUGUCCACGGUACGAUGAAUACUAAUCGAAACUUUACAAAGGAAGAAAUUCAAUCUCUUGACCAGAAAAUUAAAAGAAACACGUUAGCUUUCCAAAAUGAAAAUCACAGAAUAGCUAUGAAAAAUGCAGAUUUCGAAAAACAGCUUGAUUUGUUUAAAAAGAAAAUCGAAAAUGACUUGAGGAGAGAAAUACAGACAUUGAAAAUGAAGGAACAAAGCACAAUGGAGAAAAUAAACGUUCUAAACGAAUCGCAAAUCUACUUUGCUAAAACUCACCUAGAAAAAAUAAAACAACUUGAUGAUGAUAUAGGUAAUAAAAGUAUGGUUUUCAAAAGCAAUGAUCGUGCAUUGGCAAAAGAAGUUGAGGAUCUCAAAAACCAAAUGGAUGGAAUGAACUCAACAUCACAGAAAAGCAGUGUAAUAAGAAUUUCCGAACGUGUUAAAAACAAUGAGGAAAAAAUAGAAAAUUUCUCGGUAGCUGUAAAAGAAGCUCUAGAUAGUUUUAAGAAGGAUCUGAAUGAAUCGAAUGAGAUCUUGUCAAAAGUGCUUUCUAAUGAUUAUGGUAGUUGCUGGGAAAUUUUACUGACAUUCCCGAGUCUAAGGGGAAGAGACGGAGUAUACAAAAUAACAAUAAACUCUGAGGUCAAGUCUGUUUACUGUGACAUGACUACAGAUGGAGGGGGGUGGACGGCAAUACAAAGAAGACGGGACGGAUCAACAGACUUUUACCGAACUUGGCGAGAAUAUAAACAAGGAUUUGGGGAUCCCUCUACAAACUACUGGAUUGGAAAUGACGCAAUCCAUGAGUUGACAAAGAAAAAAGACCAGGAACUCCGGGUUGAGCUACAAAGAUUUAAUGCCGACAAAGCAUACGCUCAGUACUCCACAUUUUACGUCGGGAACGAAGGCACUAAAUACAAACUCACUGUGACGGGGUAUUCAGGAACCGCGGGUGACAGUUUGACUUAUCCUCACAAUGGAAUGAAGUUUACCACUAAAGACCAGGACAACGACAGGUAUAGUGGUGGUAACUGUGCUGUAUCACGACACGGAGCCUGGUGGUACAGGUCCUGUGCCAACUCAAACCUGAACGGAAUGUACGGACAGUCUGGUGAUUCUGGUUAUCAAUACCCGGUAUGGUACCACUGGAAACGUAAAACUGAAGCAUUAAAGCAGACUGUGAUGAUGAUCAGACACAAAAACUAGAGAUCAUUUAUAAUCAGAUCUGAUAUUUCAUCACAAAUCUGAUAUUUUUUUUUUUUUUUGUCAAACAAACAGAAACUUUUUGUUGUUUUCGUAUUCAAGUAAUAUAUUUUUAGACAAUUACAUUAAGUUCCUUCUUCAAUAUUUCUACCACUGAAUUAAUUUUUU